AUGUGUUUAAUAACACAUACAUCUAGAGAUGAUCGUCAAGUUUCCAGUCCUAGCAAUCAAACCCUCACACCGUCUCCAUCACCGUCACCAGUCGGCGACGCGCCUUUGGGACGUGCCUUGAUGGAGGCAGCUAUCCAGCAGGCAAAUAAUUGUAAUCAGCAUCAACCACCACUAAUCGUCACCCCUCCGGGAUAUUGGGUAGAUGGUACCGAUCAUCGUCAUGCCCUGGAUUCUGUUGGUAGAGCAAUGUUGCCAACGCAACCAGCCUGGCAGCCUCGAAUCGAUCAAGACGACACAGCAAAAUGCUAUCGGCGCUUUUUUGUUGGAAGGGAGCAUGUAAAUCUUGUUGGUAGAGACUCAGAAAAUGGUCCAGUGUUGGUAUCAAUGAAGGCAGAAACUGUUGCUGGGCAAGAACAUUGGAGAGUGUUACUUCGGAUUAGAUCUGGAUCAACUCACGAAUUAGUACCAUCCAUUAACUUAGAACCCAAUCCAUCACCUUCUAAAAUGGUUAAGGCAAUUAAUGAGUGCCUCAAUGUCAGUACAUUGAUGCCCAUAGUAUGUUCCGGAGCUGGAACUCUGAUUGCCCGAUACGAUGAACAUGCUCUAGUUAGCAGAUUUAAAUUUGGUGUAUUACAUCAGAGAGCAGGACAAGUUACUGAAGAACAAUUAUUUGGUAAUCGUCAAAUAACACCGGCAUUUCAAGAAUUCUUAGAUUUACUUGGACAAAAAAUUGAUCUGAAAGAUCAUAAAGGAUAUCGUGGUGGGUUAGAUACAAGACACGGUCAAACAGGUGAUUCAGCAGUUUACGAAGUAUUUAGAGGUCGUGAAGUACUUUUUCAUGUAGCUUCGAUGCUUCCCUAUAGUCCCGGUGAUUCUCAGCAGCUUCAACGUAAACGACACAUAGGGAACGAUAUCGUAGCAAUAAUAUUUCAAGAAGAACCGACUCCUUUUAGUCCCGAUAUGAUUGCUAGCCACUUUCUUCAUGCCUUCAUUGUUGUUCAAGUCAUCGAUCCAUGCACACCUAAUACAAGAUACAAAGUAAGUAUUACUGCACGGGAUGACGUACCUUGGUUUGGACCAGCAUUACCAACGCCUGCGGUUUUCCUCCGAGGCGUCGAGUUCAAAGAGUUUUUGCUUACAAAACUAGUAAAUGCUGAGAAUGCAGCUUAUAAGGCAGAAAAGUUUGCGAAACUAGAGUUGAGAACGCGGUCAGCACUUUUGGAAUCGUUGGUCGACGAACUUCAAACAAAAACAAGCGAAUUUCUAGGAGCUGGAUCUGGUCCUAGUGUCUCUGGUCCAGGUACUUGCCCAGUUAGUCCAACGACAAGUGACGCCCCGAUUUCGGGAAGUAGUGGCAGUGGUUCAAGAUUUAUUGAUACUGUACGCAAAGCGUUAAUUUCACGAGUAAGAAAUGCAUCAACUGAAAGUGUACCUCAGCAAUUAGCUAAAAAGGGCCAAUCUGAACCAAGUCCACCUAGCAAUCGACAAUCAACAUCAAAGAUUGGUGGUAAACGUAAUAUUGAACCUUCUAGUCCUCUGGGAUCUCCUGAUUUAACUCUGAGAAGGGAUUCUGAUCGCACAAGUCCAAGUUUAGGAAGUCAGGAUAGUAGCUUAUCAAACACUGAUAAUCAAGACAGUAGUAGCCUGACAACUUUGCAACAAAAUGAAAUAGAUAAACGAGAGUCGACAACAAUACAAUUGACUUCCGGAGUUAAAAAUGACAGCGUUGGGACAAUUGAGAAAAGUCCUACCAUUACUUUUCCACGUCUUACUCACGAAAAUAUAAGAAAACGUGAUGAUAGAUCUGAGAAACUAGAGGUUACUCAUAGAAUAGUAUCUGAAAGUGAUGACAGUUCAUUAAAUAGUGAAUUAGAACUCGAUCAAGCUGUUUAUCCAGAUAGUGAUACUGGAUUAGAGUCAAUGAGUUCUGCUGAAACACAUGAAACUACUAAAACUAAUAAUAAUAUUAAUAAUAAUAAUAAUAAUAAUAAUAAUAAUAAUAAAAAUAGCGCUAACGAGACGGAAAAUUUACGGCAAGAAGUCACUAGAUUGAAAUGCGACAAGCUGGACUUGUUAAGACAGAAUGUGACAUGCCAACGAGAUAUUAAACGUCUUCGUGAAAAAGAAAUGCAAUUACAGUCCGACUUAGCGACUGCGUCCAAAGAAAUUUUACGACUCAGAGCAAUGCUUAAAGAAUGCUCAUCUAGUAAUCCAUUGGAUAGCAAUAAUCAAUCGACACCUACAUAUUAUGAUAAAUCUACGCCCUUGUCUUAG